UUCCUUUUCUCUUUUACCACCUUUAACUCAUUCCUAGCCAUGGGGUCAAGCUCCAAGAGCCUCCAAACUAUAUUGGGUACACCAGGGGUUAGGGGUAAGAGGGUUACAGCCUUAUCAAAAGAUGGAUUGACUGAUUUUAUUCAAACCAUCAUUUUCAGCAAACAAGAAACCAAAGAACCCUUUUACGUGCUUGAUUUAGGUGCAGUCACCACUCUUAUGGAUAGGUGGACCCGGGCUCUCCCUACGGUUCGACCCUAUUAUGCUGUCAAGUGCAAUCCAGACCCAGCUUUACUCGGCACCAUGGCCGCUAUGGGGUCAAGUUUUGACUGUGCUAGUCGAGCCGAGAUUGAGUCCAUUUUGGCACUAGGAGUUUCUCCAGAUCGGAUCAUCUUCGCCAAUCCUUGUAAAGCCGAGUCUCACAUCAAAUACGCAGCAAGUGUUGGCGUUAACCUAACAACUUUUGAUUCGAGUGACGAAAUCGAGAAGAUCAGAAAAUGGCACCCAAAAUGUGCUUUACUCAUUCGGAUCAAAGCUCCAGAUGAUGGUGGAGCACGCUGCCCAUUAGGUCCCAAGUACGGUGCACUUCCCGAAGAGGUUGCACCACUCCUCCAAGCCGUUCAGGCUGCACGACUCACCGUAAUUGGUGUAUCUUUCCAUGUUGGGAGUGGGGCCACAAAUUCACGUGUCUACCAACGAGCCAUAGCGGCAGCUAAAACAGCCUUCAAUACAGCUACACAGCUUGGCAUGCCUCGGAUGCGUGUGCUGAACAUCGGGGGUGGAUUCAUGCCUAACACACAAUUUAGUGAAGCGUCUUCAUCUGUGAAAGCUGCUCUACAAUCAUAUUUUGGCAACGAUUCAGGUUUAACAGUCAUUGCCGAACCAGGCCGGUUCUUUGCCGAAUCGGCUUUCACAUUGGCCACUAACAUUAUUGGAAAGCGUAUUAGGGGUGAGCUCAGAGAGUACUGGAUUAACGACGGUAUAUACGGGUCCAUGAACUGUCUACUAUAUGACCAUGCAAACAUCACGUGCAAGGCUCUCGCAUGCACGUCAAAUCGUGCCAACCCCACGUGCAAAGGAGCUAGGACAUACAGUUCGACGGUUUUUGGUCCCACGUGCGAUGCGCUUGAUACGGUUUUGACCGGUCACCAGCUGCCGGAAUUACAAGUCAACGAUUGGCUUGUGUUCCCAAAUAUGGGUGCGUAUACGGCGGCGUCUGGAUCCAACUUCAAUGGGUUUCACACUUCCUCCAUUUUGACUUACCUUGCCUUCUCUGAUUCAAAUUAGUAGCUUUUGUACUGCUAUCUCGGUGAUUGGAAAAGUAUAAAUUGCUUAUUAUCUUUAAA